UGGGGUUCGUCUGCUGCUGGCCUCCGAAAUGGGCAGAACUCAUCAUCCCUGAUUUGAUGAUUGAUUUCUCACAUUUAUUCACCAAAAAGCAUCAAGAACGAGCGAGAGACCCAUAAUGUCAUGGAGAGGUGAGGGGAUGGCCGUGGUGAGCAGGCGCUUCUCAGAGCUGAUUGCAGUGGCAUCACCUGCCUGGCAGACAGGCCUGUUCCUCUGCCUUCUGCACUAAGCACCCAGCCCGGACCACCAGCCCCAGUCAGGAGCGCCAUGAAGCCAGCCCACGAGCGCAAUCAGGAGUGCUUGCCCCCCAAGAAGCGCGACCUCCCGGUCAACAACAACAACAACAACAGCAGCAGCAACAGUGGCUCCACAGGUGGCGGAGGAGUCGGACCAACAGCGACCGCAGCAGGAGGCGGAGAAGAGGCCACCUCCGCCCAGAAUGCAGCGGCCAGCAGUGAAGUCCAGAGCGGGGCCGGCGGCGCCGGCGACUGGCUGCGGGCUCAGCAGCAGGCCCUGCACUGCGGCCUGGAGGCGGUGGACGGCGUGGCGGGCCUGCCGCCCGACCAGUACAGCAUGCUGUACAAAGUGGCGCUGCCGUCCGUCUCCUACGCCCCCACCAGCCUGCACCCGGUGCUCAGCCACAUCUCGCCGGCCUACACGGUGCCGUCUUCGCUGCUGCAGCACCACGGGCUGUCCUACUCGCAGCUCAGUUACGCCCAGAUCCCGCACUCCCAGCUGCAGUUCGUCGGCUCCCCGUACGCGGCCAUGCCUUACGCCGUGCCCCCCGGCUUCGUCAACCCCCUCAUCUCGCCGCAGUCGGCCAUCCCCCAGCCCCACGCCGUCCCGCACCUGGUCCCGUACCAGUCGGUCAUCCAGGAGAGCGUGGUGUCGUCCCCGCCCCAAACGCAGGUGUCGGCCCACGCGUACGCCAAAGUGGCGGCGGCCGCCGGAGGGGUGCCCCUGGUGCUCUCCUCCGACCAGGCCGCAGUGGUGGCGGCCCAGCAGCAGCAGCUGGGGGCGGUAGGGGUGCUCUCGGCCGCCGAGCUCAGCCCCAGAGGGGUGCCCGUGUUCUACCACCCUCCCAGAGCGCAGGCCUCCAGAGAGGCCCUGGAGCAGGAGCGCGAGCGCGAGAGGGACCGGGAGAGGGACCGGGAGCGCGAGCUGAACGGCGGCGAGCGGGAGCAGCAGUCUGCAGCGGCCAGGGAACUGCUCCAGGACUCGGCGCACGUGCACAGGAACGCUCGCCUGGAGGCCCAGCAGCACGAGCGCAGCUUCAAGAAUCGCCGGCCGGACGAGAGGGCGUCGCCAGGACAACGCAGCACACCGGACACAGACCUCGAGGUUCAGCAAGUGGUCGGACGUUUGGCCUCUCCAAUCCAGACGGGUAGUCGUAAAGAGGCCCCUCACGGUCCCCUCAACCUAUCCCAGAGUUCCCAGCGGAGCAGAGAGGCUCAUGGGGACGGGCGGACGGUGUACGCGGCGCCUCCGGUGGCCACGCCGGCCGACCUGCGAGUGCCGUCGCACGCCCAGCAGGCGGUAGCGGCCCAGCCGGGCCACCACGCCGUCAUCCUGGCCAACGGGCAGCCGGUCCUCAUCCCCCUCGACUACCACCGCCACGCACAGCAGCAGUCCCACCCGUACCUCGGCCACCCCAACGACGCCAACGCCCCCGCGGCCUCCCAGUCUCCGUACUCCAAAGCCCCCGAGCACCCCGCCGCAGCGUGCCUCCCGGAUCGGGCCGUGCCGCUGGAGCUCCAGCAGGCCGCGCAGGCUCAGGUUCUGCCCGCGGCCGUGGCCCUCGCCCCGGUGUCGGUGUCUGUGCCCGGUGCCCAAGCCGGCGUGGUGGUCCCCCAGGCCGGUCCGGCGGCGGCAGCGGGCACCGGGCCCUCGCACUUCAUGAAGGGCGCCAUCAUCCAGCUGGCCACGGGCGAGCUGAAGCGCGUGGAGGACCUGCAGACGCAGGACUUUGUGCGCAGCGCGGAGAUGAGCGGCGGCCUGAAGAUCGACUCCAGCAUGGUGGUGGACGUGCGCGCCAGCCAGCAGCGGCCGGGCCUGGUGGCGCUGCACUUCAGCGUGGGCGAGCAGCAGAGCAAGGUGACCAUCGACGUGCCGCCCGAGCACCCCUUCUUCGUCUUCGGCCAGGGCUGGUCGUCCUGCAGCCCCGAGCGCACGGCGCAGCUCUACGGCCUGGCCUGCCACCACCUGCAGGUGGGCGACGUGUGCGUGUCCAUCGCCCUGCAGCAGCCACCCGCCGCACAGCAGAAAGCCCAGGCGCAGCAGCCCCAGCAGCACCACCAACAACAACAACAACAACAACAACAUCAUCCACAACAACAACACCAACAACAACAGCAGCAGCACCACCACCAUCAACAACAACAACAACAGCAGCAGCAGCAACAGCAACUGGUGCACGCCAGGACUUCCUCCAAAUCCAACUCCACCUCGGGGGCCCUGGCCCAGCCCAUGGGGCCCCCGGCCCCCCAGCACACGCGGCCCCACAGCCAAAGCCACUUCAGGAUGGAGCGCAUGCAGCGCGAGAGGGACAGGGACCGGGAGCGGGAGAGGGAGAGAGAGCGGGAGCGGGGGGAGAAGGACGAGGCGGCGCACGUAGGAGCGCUGGGGCACGGCGAGGCGCCUCCCCGGCCCAACAGGACUUCUGCCGAGCAUCCGCGCAGCCACAGCAGCUACUAUUUGCACACGGAGGGUCACUUGCGAUACGCCAUCAAGAGCGAGGAGGGCCGCCUGGCGGGGCCCGCGCUGCCCGGCCCCUCACGGCCCUCCUUCAUCCCUCAGGAGGUCAAGCUGUCCAUCGAGGGACGCUCCAACGCCGGCAAGUAG